AUCCUUAUAACCCGAUUCCACCUUAUCAUUAGGGAAAGUAAAGCACUUCCCGUGGAAAUCAGCAAGUCAGCCCCAAUAUGCGACCACCGUCUCCAUCAAUACCCGAAAAAGAAUUUCUCGCAGCCUCGCUCAAGGAAAACCUUCGUCUAGAUGGUCGUUUACCGCUGCAGAUGCGGGAUCCAGUCAUCACAUUUGGGCCUGAGCUUGGAUAUGUAGAAUGUGCACUAGGAAAAACGCGGGUGAUAGCAAAUGUAGAAGCUAAAAUGGUGAAGCCGACUCCAGAGAGACCGUUUGAAGGCAUUAUUACGAUUCAUUCGGAAAUUUCACCUAUGGCGUCGAGCGAAUACGAACCUGGUCGGCCCUCAGAAGAAGAAGUUACGAUUACACGUAUGCUUGACAAAGUCCUCAAAAGGAGUGACGCGGUGGAUAAAGAGUCGUUAUGUAUCCAGGCUGGUCAGAGGGCAUGUGGUCUUGUUUCUAUCUGCGCUGGGAAAUCCAGAGUAACAAGAUGUCCAUUAUCAGGUCUGGCACAUCCGCUUAACGCUCCACUUUCUCGCGGAUGGAGGCAACAUGCUCGACUGUGCAUGUCUAGCGGGGAUCGUCGCCCUGCGUCAUUUCAGAAGACCAGAGGUAGAAGUAAUCGGUGAAGACGAAGUGAUCGUGCACUCCCCCCUUGAACGCGCACCAAUGCCCCUUGCGAUCCACCACACUCCCCUCUGCUUCACCUUCGCCUUCUUCUCCUACCCAGACACCCAACCCAUCCUCGACCCCUCCCAGCUCGAGCAGCGCCUAAGCGCAGGCCUCAUGUCCAUCGCCCUCAACGCCCAGAAAGAAAUUUGCGUACUCCAGAAACUGGGCGGUGUGCCGCAGGAGACGGAGGAGAUUCUAAGGUUGAUCAAGGUUGCUGUGGAGAAGGCGAAAGAGGUUUCGGAGGUGGUGGAGAGGAGGCUGCGGGAGGAUUGGGAGACGAGGAAGGUGGAGGUUAGGUAG